AAAUACACCAUCUCUGGUUCGCAAAAAUGUAUCCAGCUAUUGAAGUAGCUUUUGAGAUCAUACUUUGAGCGAGGAUCACACUUUCACAGGAGAAACUGAAGUGGUGUUAAUUACGCAAAUUUCCUUAGCCAGUACACACCCGGCACUGGUAAAAAAAUCGCUUAAUAGGAAGUGUUUUUCUGAACGUCAAGAGAUAUGUAAUAAGCCAUUGUUGGAGCGAAUGAGGCUGUAUGGCAGCAAGUGGAAUUAAAUGGUUUUCUGAUAAAUUAUGGAUACAAAACCAGAAACUCAUAUUAGUGUAUCACCGCCUUAUCCCUUUCCGGGCCAGGCAGCGCAGCCGCAUUAUGGACAGGGUGCACCAGGACAACCGUAUGUGCCUCUGAGGCCGACAACCACCGUUAUUUACUCCUCUGCUCCUACUCCAGUCCUCUUGUCACUGGACCCUGUCACCGUUACGUGUCCACACUGUGGUCAACAAGUUAUGACCGUUACGCAGUAUGAAAACGGUUUAGCAACAUACCUCGCAAUUGGCGCGUGCAUCUGUUUCUUGUGCAUUCUGGGUUGCUGCUUAAUUCCUUUAUGUAUUGACGGACUAAAGGAUGCUGUCCAUUAUUGUCCCAAGUGCCAACACGUUAUUGGACGAACUUCCCGUUUAUAGGUUACUUAUUAUUAGAGAAUAUAUAGACACUGAGUUUGCGCUGGUAAUAUUUAAAGGUCUCAUAGGGAUAUGUCAGGAUAUGUCUGAAAGUGUUUGUGUAUUGAAGCCCGCAUGUGAAAUGCAAUACAUAAGAAAAAUUCUUAUCGUUUUGUUAAUUAAUAAAUUAUACAAACGCUGAUUCGAUGAUUUGAUUUGUAGCAAUUGUUAACAAGGUGAAUUUUUAACGCUAUGUCGGUCGAAUAAGUCCACCAGCAACGAUUCCCAGUUGGCCGGUAUGGUCCAGUCUGGCUUCCCAGCGAAACUUUUCAGGCGUUCCUUGGACUAGCAGGCAUAAAUUGUGCUUGGCUGUGCUAGAAAAAUCUUUGCUUUCCUGCAAAGUUAUGGUUGUAUAACAAUAAUAUACGUACAGUACACCUUAUGGCUUA